UUUGACAUUUUAUGGAAAGUUUUGUUGUGAUACGGACGUGGUUUUUGUGUGCCAACUGGUUCCUCGUCGUAAUAUCGUAAAAGUUUGUGGGUUUUCACGGAAAGAAUAACUGAUAAGAACAUUUUACAACAAUCAAUCAUGUCGAUCAGUUUGCCACCACUUGGCUAGCCAUUGAAACACCUGGUUCGGAGUGCUAUUCGUUACAAAUAUACUUGCGCCACCGGAUAUUACUUAGCCUCAAAUUUUCAUUUUGUUUUACCGUAAAAUUUUAUUUGAAAUAUUUUGUUGAAAGUAUAAUCUCUAAACCUGCACGAAUCCAGCGACAUGACACAUACUGGGUAUAUUAUGACCUUAGCCAACAGCAUCAUAGGCGUUGGAAUAUUGGCGAUGCCGUUCUGUUUUCAGAAGUGCGGUAUCAUUCUCUCGAUUGUCCUAUUAGUGCUGAGCAACCUGGUAACCAGAGUAUCAUGCCACUAUUUAUUAAAAUCAUCGCUUCUCACCCGAAAGAGAAGUUUUGAAUUUCUUGCACUAUACGCCUUCGGUCCGCCUGGAAAAUUAUUAGUGGAACUUUGCAUCAUAGGAUACCUUAUUGGAACCUGUAUUGCAUAUUUUGUUGUUAUCGGCGAUCUAGGGCCACAAAUUGUCUCAAAAAUAUUCAACAUUGUGGCUACCGAGAAUUUGCGGACAUGGAUCAUGAUCGUCGUAACCUUCUUGUGUAUAAUACCGCUGGGACUGUUGAAAAAUGUCGAUAGUUUAUCUGCUGUUUGCACGGCAUCCGUGGGCUUUUAUUUUUGCUUGGUGGUAAAGGUUAUGUUCGAAGCAAAGACACAUCUUUUGAGUGGAGACUGGAUGCACCACGUUGAUUACUGGAAGCCAUCUGGGAUUUUGCAAUGUUUGCCAAUAUUCAGUAUGGCAUUAGCAUGUCAGAUGCAAUUAUUUGAAGUAGUGGAGUCGGUGAAUGGCGCUACGUUAGAGAAAUUGAACGAAAUUGUGCGAUUAGCAACAGGGAUUUGCACAGGUGUCUACAUUUUUGUUGGACUUUUUGGCUAUGUUGCGUUCUGUACUCAACCAUUUUCAGGCAAUAUUCUCGUGAAUUUUUCGCCGUCAUUUGUGAGUGAUGCAAUCAAAAUGGGUUUUGUAUUGUCAGUGGCAUUCAGCUUCCCUUUGGCAAUAUUUCCAUGCAGGGCCAGUAUUUAUUCUCUUCUUUAUAGACGGGGUCAUUCGGAUUCAACGGGGUAUAUACCAGAAGCUCGUUUCAAAUGGAUCACAAUUUCGAUUGUUGUGAUGGCUUUAGUGACCGGACUGUUAAUACCCUCAAUUGAAUUGGUAAUUGGGCUAGUGGGCUCAACAAUAGGAGUUGCAAUUUGUGUAAUGUUCCCGGCCCAAUGCUUUAUGAAAGUACAGAAGAAGGAAUCUACCGAAAAGAUGCUAGCUCAGUUCAUUUUUAUAAGUGGGUUCUUUCUAAUGAUUCUGGGAACCUACGCGAAUUUGCAUGCAAUUGAAGAGAAGCGUUCCUCUGGUCUAGUUAUCGAUGCGCCAAAAAUUACUCCAAGUCCUGAACUCCUCCACAGCGAAAACGUGAAACUGGAUGGAGAUUUUCAAAAAAUAUUGAAAACACAAUCGCCCGAAGUAAAACCAAAUGCUGAUAAAGUAGAUAUUAAAGAAGUUGUUGUUCAGGAGAGAGUGGAUCCUAUGCCAAAAGCACCAAAAGAAGAAGAUUCUCCAAAAGUUGAUCCAUUACCUGCUGCGCCAAAUGGUGAGCCUGUUGACAAACCUAAUGUUGAAGAGAAAUUAGAGAAAAAGGAAGAAGUUGUCAAGGAUAUAGAUUUAGAUAUUAAAAAAUCGGAAAAGAAGGUUGAUAUAAUACAGGAUGAAGUUAAAAACGAAAUUAACAAAGACGCAAUAAAGAAGGAAGAAGAAGCAGUUGCGGAAGAGGAAAAGAAAAAAGAAAACAUCGAAGAAAUAAAACAGGCAAAGAAUGAGCUAAAACAGACGAAAGAGUUACUUGAGAAAAAAGUGAUUGAACUACAGCAAGAACUAGCCAAGCAAAAUUUAGAAACUCAGCACUUAGUGCAGGAAAAACUGGGCGUUAUAGCCGACAAAGUGGGCGAGAUUGAACGGAAAGUGAACCUUGAAGCAGAAAAUAAAAUAGAAAAAGAUAAAGAUGUACAAGAAGAAAAACAGAAGGAUGAGACGGAAAAGAUCGAAAAACUACCAUCAAAAAUUGAGCCGACUGCUGCGGCCGAGAAAGCUAUUAUUGAGCCUAACCCAAAAGCUCAAAAAGAAGUAAUCGUUGAAAACAUUCCUCUAACUGAAGAUAAGAAAGUCUCGGAGAAAGGUCCAAUUUUGACGAUGCUAAUAGAUAAGCUUCAGAAAAAUGCUUCGGUUGCUGAGACACCACAGAAAAAAGAACACACCAACAAUACCGUUUACGAGCCAAUGUCCUACAAAGUGGGGGAAGCAAUGAACCAAGAAAAUCACUUAGUGUCUGACAAUCUGAAGAAUAAAAAUGCGCCGAUGCCGUUGCCACUGUUCUUAAACGUUACACUGCACAAAUCGAUUGAAAAGAAGGCCGAAUCCAAUAAACUAGUGGAAAGUGAUGUAAAAGAUACCAAGAAUUUAAAACCUGAAAAAUUGGACAAACCAAGUAUAGAUGGAAACAUGGAAAUGAAAAAGCAACCGGAAAAAGAUGAAAAAGACAUUGAACUUGAAAAUAUCAAAGCCAUACGUCGAGAUAUUUUAGAAGCGGCUCCAAACAAAGAUGAUACAACGCAACCAUCUGUACCAUCGCAGCCAAGCUCAAAUAUUCUUAGGGAAAAACGUAAUAUUGUUGACAAAGAAUUUUGUGUUAAUUGGGACCUUGAAAAGGACUACUGUCGCGAUAAAAUCGUGAAAAAUGAACUGUUGUCUCAAAAUAAUCCAGCCGCAUUGGGAUCUGAAAUGAAAGCACCACCAUUUGGACGAGAUUUGAAAUCUGUAGACGAGGAUGCCGACUAAAUUUCGUCCCAUUUUCGAAUGUGAUUUAAGUUUUAUUAAUAUUUAUUCCCCUUUUUUUCUAGAUCUAAGUUGCUAACUGCGAAUCAGUCCUCAAAUGUUGGCUGAGAAGGAGCUUGCAAAAUAUAACUUCACAUAUAUCGUUUUUUUUCUUAAAUAAUUAAUCGAGUAUUCAAAUUUUUCAAAGACCAAAUAUCAAAUUAUUUAUUUUGUUUCUGUUAUUUUUUCGAAACUUGUUACAAAUUUGAUUUUGCACAAUUUAAAAUGACAACCAAAAAAGUGACGAUUUUGACCAAAUCAAAAAAUAUUCCAUAAGUUCAUUUAUUUUCCUGCAAUUACUUUACGUUCUUUGAUCUGACGUCAUUUGAUUUGACUGCACCGUUAUUAUACAAUAACAAAUAUCAGAUACGUCCCAUGCAAUUGUCUUGCAUAUGAAAAACAUAUACUAAUCUUAAGAAGUGACCAGAUAUGACCUCAACUAGAUUUAAGUGGGGAUAUCUUGUACAUAUUUUUGUUGGAAUUCAAAGCUGUCUCCCAUUGAAGUUAUCAUGAAAUUAUGUUAACUUAUUUUUGUACCAAUAAAAUUGCAUCUAUUGAAUA